UUGAAUUCUUUGGUCCUUGAUCUGGAUUAUCCAGCACUGAGGAAGAACAAGAACAUUGAUAAUUUCUUAAAUAGAUAUGAGAAGAUUGUGGAAAAAAUCCGAGCUUUACAAAUGAAAGCUGAAGACUAUGAUGUUGUGAAGGUGAUUGGAAGAGGGGCUUUUGGAGAAGUGCAGCUGGUUCGCCAUAAAAUGACGCAGAAGGUUUACGCAAUGAAGCUAUUAAGUAAAUUUGAAAUGAUCAAGAGAUCAGAUUCAGCCUUUUUCUGGGAAGAAAGAGAUAUCAUGGCCUUCGCCAACAGUCCGUGGGUCGUUCAGCUAUUUUGUGCCUUUCAAGAUGACAAAUACUUGUACAUGGUAAUGGAAUACAUGCCAGGUGGAGACCUUGUAAACCUUAUGAGCAAUUAUGAUGUGCCUGAGAAAUGGGCCAAGUUCUAUACAGCCGAAGUUGUUCUUGCUCUUGAUGCAAUUCACUCCAUGGGCUUGAUACACAGAGAUGUGAAGCCUGACAAUAUGCUUUUAGAUAAAUAUGGGCAUCUGAAGCUGGCAGAUUUUGGCACGUGCAUGAAAAUGGAUGAAACAGGUAUGGUGCGCUGCGAUACAGCUGUGGGAACCCCUGACUACAUAUCGCCCGAAGUUUUGAAAUCACAAGGGGGUGAUGGUUAUUAUGGACGGGAAUGUGACUGGUGGUCUGUAGGCGUUUUCCUCUUCGAGAUGCUAGUUGGCGAUACUCCUUUUUAUGCAGACUCAUUAGUAGGAACAUACAGUAAAAUUAUGGAUCAUAAGAACUCAUUACAUUUCCCGGAUGAUGUGGAAAUCUCUAAGCAUGCAAAGAACCUUAUCUGUGCCUUUUUAACUGAUAGGGAUGUGCGACUUGGGAGAAAUGGGGUAGAAGAAAUAAAGCAUCACCCUUUCUUCAAGAGUGAUCAGUGGAACUGGGACAACAUUCGAGAGACUGCUGCUCCUGUUGUUCCUGAGCUUAGCAGUGAUAUAGACAGCAGUAAUUUUGAUGACAUUGAGGACGACAAGGGAGACGUGGAAACCUUUCCAAUCCCCAAAGCCUUCGUGGGAAACCAGCUGCCUUUUAUAGGAUUUACCUACUAUAGAGACAAUUUGUUGCUAAGUGACUCCUCUCAGUCUUGCAGAGAAAAUGAAUCUGUGCAAUCUAGUAAAAAUGAGGACAGCAAAGAGUUUCAGAAAAAAUUAAGCAAGCUGGAGGAACAGCUCAGUAACGAAUUACAAGCCAAAGAUGAACUAGAACAGAAGUACAGGUCUACUAAUACUCGUUUAGAGAAGAUAGUGAAAGAACUAGAUGAAGAGAUAACUUCAAGGAAGAAUGUAGAAUCUGCAGUCAGACAGUUAGAAAGAGAGAAGGCUCUUCUUCAGCAUAAGAAUACAGAAUACCAGAGAAAAGCAGAACAUGAAGCAGAUAAGAAACGCAAUUUGGAAAAUGAGGUUAACAGUUUGAAAGACCAGCUUGAAGAUCUAAAAAAGAGGAAUCAGAACUCUCAAAUAUCCAAUGAGAAAAUCAAUCAACUACAAAGACAGUUGGAUGAAGCCAAUUCUUUGCUGCGGUCGGAGUCUGAUACUGCAGCCAGGUUAAGGAAGAACCAGACAGAAAGCACAAAGCAAAUCCAGCAGCUGGAAGCUAAUAAUAGAGAACUACAAGAUAAGAACUGCCUGCUGGAGAAUGCAAAACUCAAACUGGAGAAGGACUUCCUCAACCUUCAGUCUGCUUUAGAAUCAGAAAGGAGAGAUCGAAGUCAUGGAUCAGAGAUUAUCAGUGAUUUACAAGGUCGAAUAUCUAGCCUCGAAGAAGAAGUGAAAAAUGGCAAGAGUGCAUUAGCCAAACUGGAAAUGGAGAAGAGACAAUUGCAGGAAAAAAUUACAGAUUUAGAAAAGGAAAAGAGCAACAUGGAAAUAGAUAUGACAUAUAAAUUCAAAGUUAUGCAGCAGAACCUUGAACAAGAAGAAGCUGAACAUAAAGCCACAAAAGCACGAUUAGCAGACAAAAAUAAAAUCUAUGAAUCUAUAGAGGAAGCAAAAUCCGAGGCUAUGAAAGAAAUGGAGAAGAAACUUUUGGAAGAGAGAGCUUUAAAGCAAAAAGUGGAAAAUCGGUUGUUAGAAGCUGAAAAGCAGCGCUCCAUGUUGGACUGUGAUCUCAAACAAUCACAACAGAAAAUCAAUGAGCUCCUUAGGCAAAAGGAUAUACUAAAUGAAGAUGUAAAAAACCUCACAUUAAAAAUAGAGCAAGAAACACAAAAGCGCUGUCUCACUCAAAAUGACCUCAAGAUGCAAACGCAACAGGUCAACACCUUGAAAAUGUCAGAGAAGCAGUUAAAACAGGAGAAUAACCAUCUUCAAGAAAUCAAAUUAAGUCUGGAAAAACAAAAUAAUGAACUCCGCAAGGAACGUCAAGAUGCAGAUGGACAAAUGAAAGAGCUUCAAGACCAACUUGAAGCUGAACAGUAUUUCUCGACUCUGUACAAGACACAAGUUCGAGAACUUAAAGAAGAAUGUGAGGAGAAGACCAAACUUUGUAAAGAAAUGCAGCAAAAGAUACAAGAGUUACAGGAUGAGAGAGAUUCCUUGGCUGCUCAGCUAGAGAUUACUUUGACAAAAGCAGAUUCAGAACAACUUGCACGUUCCAUUGCUGAAGAGCAGUACUCUGAUUUGGAAAAAGAGAAGAUUAUGAAAGAGCUGGAAAUUAAAGAGAUGAUGGCGAGGCAUAAACAGGAGCUGACUGAGAAAGAUGCCACCAUCGCCUCUUUGGAGGAAGCAAACAGGACACUAACUAGUGAUGUGGCUAAUCUUGCUAACGAGAAGGAAGAACUAAACAAUAAACUGAAGGAAGUACAAGAACAAAUUACAAAGCUAAAAGAAGAAGAAGCAAAUGUAGGAAAUAUUAAGGCACAAUUUGAGAAACAGUUGUUGACUGAAAGAACAUUGAAAACCCAGGCUGUGAAUAAAUUGGCUGAGAUCAUGAAUCGGAAGGGUCCAGUCAAACGUGGAGCUGACACUGACGUACGGCGGAAAGAAAAGGAAAAUAGGAAACUGCAUAUGGAACUGAAGUCUGAACGAGAAAAGUUAACCCAAAUGAUGAUCAAAUAUCAGAAGGAAAUCAAUGAAAUGCAGGCACAAAUAGCAGAAGAAAGUCAGAUACGGAUUGAACUCCAGAUGACUCUGGACAGCAAAGACAGUGACAUUGAACAGCUUCGUUCACAGCUGCAGUCGUUGCACAUUGGUCUAGACAACAGUAGCAUAGGCAGUGGACCUGGAGAUGCUGAGGCAGAUGAUGGAUUCCCUGAAUCGAGAUUGGAAGGCUGGCUAUCACUGCCUGUUAGAAAUAACACUAAAAAAUUUGGAUGGGUUAAAAAGUAUGUAAUUGUAAGCAGUAAGAAGAUCCUGUUCUAUGACAGCGAACAAGAUAAAGAGCAAUCUAAUCCCUAUAUGGUAUUAGAUAUAGACAAACUCUUCCAUGUCCGACCAGUCACUCAGACAGAUGUGUACAGAGCGGACUCCAAGGAAAUUCCUAGGAUAUUCCAGAUUCUAUAUGCUAAUGAAGGAGAGAGCAAAAAGGAACAGGAAUUUCCUGUGGAGCCCAUGGGGGAGAAGUCAAAUUACAUUUGUCACAAAGGACAUGAGUUUAUACCUACUCUUUAUCACUUUCCAACCAAUUGUGAAGCUUGCAUGAAGCCACUCUGGCAUAUGUUUAAACCUCCUCCUGCUCUAGAAUGUCGCCGUUGCCACAUCAAAUGUCACAAAGAUCACAUGGAUAAAAAAGAAGAGAUUAUAGCACCUUGCAAAGUGUACUAUGAUAUUUCAACGGCAAAGAAUCUACUACUGUUAGCUAAUUCUACGGAAGAACAGCAAAAAUGGGUGAGCCGACUCGUGAAAAAAAUACCCAAGAAGCCUCCAGCACCAGACCCCUUUGCUCGAUCUUCUCCCAGAACUUCCAUGAAGGUACAGCCAAACCAGUCCAUCAGACGACCAAGUCGACAGCUUCCUCUAAACAAACCAAGCUAACUGCUUUCCGUGAAUGCAGACACAAUUCAAGGUGAUAAUUUUCUUCCUGUUACAGCAAGACUGAAACAUAUCCCAAAAUAUAUUAAAAAUAUAUAUUUUCCUGAGAGAUUGUGCUAUAUAUAUCAGAGGUUUACAUUUUUGCUGCAAUAUAAAUUACUAAUCUCUGAGGGUUUUCCUGUAUUCUCCUGAGUGACUGAUCAAAUGACGAAUGGUUGGUAAAUAGUAAAAGGAUAUGUUAGGUAACCUUUUAAACUCUAUUCCACAAAAGCUUUCUUGGCAAGACACAUACACUACAUUUCAUAAAAGGAUCAAGAGGAAUGGAUAUUAAAACGGAAGAAACUGACUUUUCAGCUUUCAUAAAGAUGCCACCAGCAUGUCUGCAAGAAGAACAGGAGGAAGAUCCACCGUAGUGGUAUAGACUGCAUCUGUAAGAAGUGACCAUUAUACUGUGUAUAUAUAUUGUACUGUAAUACUGCAAGAGGGUUUUUAAAAUCUUUCCACUUUAUUUUUUUAUGCUUAUUAAUCAGAUACCGUUACUUAUUGCAGUUGCAACUAUGCACUUGUAUAAAGCCAUAAUGUUGAAGUUUAUAUCAUUCAUACACGUCUA